AUGUCGCUCAUCCGCUCUGCUGCACGCCGACUGCGCCUGGGCAAGUACAAGCACUUCCAGGGAACCGACCUCAACGGGAACGAGUUCUUCGAGCGUCCACACCCCGAGGCUCCCAACGAGUGGAGACAGGCGAAGCGCUAUGUCGAGUAUUUGAAGGCGGAGCCGCUGUCUGAGUACGGCUACAAGUCCAUCCCAGUUCAAUGGUCCUCUUGGCUUCGACGAACUCGACGUGAUCCACCGACUCUUCAAGAGCUACAAUCAGACGUCCAGCGACAGCUCAAACUGCAGGAGAACGUGCAGCGGCUCGAGCAGGAGUACAGGGAGGAGAAGAUGCGAUUGGCGGAGGCGCACCAGGCCGCGCUGUUGCAGGCACCUGAGGCUGUUCGUGGCGCUGUGACGCGACAAGGAUCGGGUGAAGCAGGAGUGGAACCGGCGGCUGAGCCAAGUCAGGAGGGCUUGCCCCUGAAAGACGGCGGUGCGGGUGAGAUUGCUGGGAAGAGAGCUGCUGAGAUUGCGCGGCGAGUCGGGACGGGCGAGAGUGGUGGAACAGAAGGAGCGGCAGCUCCUGAGGGCGCGACACCGGAGGAGAUGGCCGAGAUUCGGCGGCGGCAGGAGCAGGAAGCGGCGAUGAAGCGGAGGGCAGAGGUCGCCAAGGAGAACCCGACGCCGUUGCGAGGGAACCCCGGCGAUGCGCACCAGCCGGCAGGAUGGACACCUUCGGCACCAGCGAGGCGGAGGGAGUAG